AUGAAAAUAGUAUUUAACGAAAGUAGAUUCAAUGAGCCAGAGCAUCAUGAUUGUCUAGUUAUCUCCCUCCAUGUUAGUCAUUGCUUAAUGAAAAGGGUGCUGGUAGAUAAUGGAAGCUCGACUAAUAUAAUAUUCAGAGAUUCCUUAGACCAAGCCGAGUUCAAAAAGUCAGAUAUCAUCAAGAGGUCUACAGGUCGGUUUAAUGGAGAAGCCAUGAAUACCCUAGGAGAAAUCCAGUUGCCAACCUUGCUGAAAGGCGUCAAUAUGAUGCACAAGUCUUAUGUGAUAGAUUGCAAGAUUGCCUAUAAUAAAUUACCACAGAAUCCAGCACCUGGACGCCUAGAUGAGCUGCAAUUAGAUGAAGUGGUGCUGGAUGAAUCCAAGCUUGAUCAGAUAGUCAAGAUCGGAGCUGCAUUACCUGUGGAUCAAAAAGAAGCCAUCAUAAAGUGCUUAAAGGAAAAUUCAGAUUGUUUUGCUUGGUCUCAUAGAGACAUGAAGGGAAUCAACCCAGAGAUCAUUACUCACAAGCUCAAUGUAGAUCCCAGCACGAAGCCGGUGAAGCAGAAGAGAAGGGAAUUUGCACCAGAGCAUAACCAGAUUAUAAAUGAAGAAGUGCAGAAGCUGCUAGAUACCAGAAAGAUAAAGGAAGUCAAGUAUCCAAAUUGGCUAGCGAAUGUGGUCGUCGUCAGCAAAAAGAAUGGAACCUGGAGAGUCUGCAUCGACUUCAUAGAUCUGAAUAAAGCAUGCCCUAAGGACCCGUUCCCCCUGCCUCAUAUAGAUUCGAUGGUAGUUCCUAAAGCAGGGCACGAGCUUUUCACAUCCAUGGACGCGUAUUCAAGUUACAAUCAGAUUCUAAUGCAUCCAGAUGAUCAAGAGAAGAUCACCUUCAUGCUACAAGGUGAUGUCGUUUGGGUUGAAGAAUGCUGGUUCUACAUAUCAAAGACUAGUCAACAAGAUGUUCAAGGACCAGCUGGGGGACACCAUGGAGGUCUACAUCGACGAUAUGUUGGCAAAAUCGAAGAAAGAAACUGA